GGGGCGGAGACCCGCCGCGGACCAGGCGAAUGGGGCGGGCCGGGGGCGGUGGCCCGCAGGGGCUCGCUCGGCCUCGGCGGCGCCGCGGCACUCUACCUCCAGCCGGCUGCGUAGACGGCCGCGGCGUGGAGUCGUGCGGGCGCAGGAUGUCGGGGAUCCUCGGUAUCGGGCCGCUGGGCCGCGCCAAGCCCGGCGCAGGGAGCGCGUCGCCCGCCGGCUUCGUGCUGGGACUGGACGUGGGCAGCUCGGUCAUCCGCUGCCAUGUCUACGACCGUGCGGCGCGCGUCCGCGGCUCCAGCGCGCACAAGGUAGAAAAUCUUUAUCCUCAACCUGGCUGGGUUGAAAUUGAUCCCGACGUUCUCUGGACCAAAUUUGUGGCUGUAAUAAAGGAAUCUGUCCAAGCUGCAGGAAUAGAAAUGAAUCAAAUCCUUGGUCUGGGCAUUUCAACACAGAGGGCGACUUUCAUUACGUGGAACAAGAAAACGGGAAGUCAUUUUCACAAUUUCAUUAGUUGGCAAGACCUAAGAGCUAUUGACCUUGUAAAAUCUUGGAAUGGUUCCCUUUUAAUGAAGCUGAUCCACAAUUCCAGCCGAGUCCUUCACUUUUUCACCAGAAGCAAACGGUACUUGGCCGCCAGUCUGUUCAAGUUCACGACCCAGCACGUUUCUCUGAGAUUGGCCUGGGUUCUACAGAACCUCAUGGAGGUGCGGAAGGCCAUAGAGGAGGGAAACUGCUGCUUCGGGACCGUCGACACCUGGCUGCUGCACAAGCUCACGAAAGGGGCUGUGUUUGCCACGGAUUUUUCCAACGCCAGCACGACUGGACUCUUUGACCCCUAUGAGAUGCGCUGGAGUGGGUUCGUCACCUCCCUGCUCUCGAUCCCGCUCUCCCUCCUGCCCCCCGUCAGGGAUACCAGCCACAAUUUUGGAUCCGUGGAUGAAGAGAUUCUUGGGGUGUCUAUACCCAUCGUGGCCUUGGUGGCCGACCAGCAGUCCGCCAUGUUUGGCGAGUGCUGCUUCCAGACCGGAGACGUGAAGCUGACCAUGGGCACGGGCACCUUCCUGGACAUCAACACCGGGAGUGACCCCCAGCAGAGCGUCGGAGGCUUUUACCCGCUCAUUGGGUGGAAGAUUGGGCCGGAAGUUGUGUGCCUGGCCGAGGGCAACGCGGGCGACGCUGGCAGCGCCAUCCAGUGGGCUCGGCAGCUGGACCUUUUCACAGAUGCUGCCGAGACGGAAAAAAUGGCCAGAAGUCUGGAAGAUUCUGAAGGCGUUUAUUUUGUCCCUUCUUUUAGCGGAUUGCAGGCGCCCGUCAAUGACCCCUGUGCCUGCGCCUGCUUCAUGGGCCUGAAGCCGUCCACCAGCAAGUACCACCUGGUGCGGGCCAUCCUGGAGUCCAUCGCCUUCAGAAACAAACAGUUGUACGAAGUGAUGCAGAAAGAGAUCCAAAUCCCUGUGACAAAAAUCCGGGCAGACGGGGGCGUGUGCAAGAACAGCUUCAUCAUGCAGAUGACCUCCGACCUCAUCAACCAGACCAUCGACAGGCCCGUCCACGUGGACAUGUCCUGCCUCGGGGCGGCCAGCCUGGCCGGCCUGGCUGUGGGGUUCUGGAGUGACAAGGAGGAACUCAAGAGACUGAGGCAGAGUGAGGUGGUCUUCAAGCCGCAGAAGAAGUGGCAGGACUAUGAGCUGAGUAUGGAAAACUGGGUGAAGGCGGUGAAGCGCUCCAUGAAUUGGUAUAACAAGACCUAGAGCUCGGCCGGACGGU